UUGGCAAAUAAAAUUAAAAAAGAAAAAGAGAAAGAAAAAAGAAAACCCCUUUGUCCUUUCUCAGAGGAUUUACCACCUUGCUUCUCCAUUGUACACCGGCAUCUUACCUCAAUAUUCCGGCCGGCGAUGCCGGCUAUCCAUAACCCUAACCCUAACUGGCUCUACAGUUGUUCGAAUAUCAAUCCAAACAGCACUUUCUCGACCUUCAGUUUCCCUAAAACCCUCACAUUUUCAAACUCCUUAUCUCCAUCUCUCAAAUUCGUCUCUAUUAAGCCUAGUUUAUCCGCCGUUAACCGCAAACGACGGCGUUUUGUGACUGUUAAUGCUAUUGCGAAGUCGUCUAGCUCAGACCUUUAUUCUGUUCUUAAUGUCAGUAGAAAUGCAACGCUUAAGGAGAUCAAAGCAUCUUAUCGCAAACUAGCUCGCAAGUAUCAUCCUGAUAUGAAUAAAGGGCCUGGAGCUGAAGAAAAGUUUAAGGAGAUUAGUGCUGCCUACGAGGUAUUAUCAGAUGAUGAGAAAAGGUCUUUAUAUGACCGUUUUGGUGAGGCAGGGAUGCGAGGAGAAUAUGGUGUGCCCGGUGGCGGUCCGCAGGGGGUGGACCCUUUUGAAGUAUUUUCUGAGUAUUUUGGUGAAUCAAAUGCCUUUUUUGGAGGAAGCGGUGGAUCCAGAGGCUUCAACUUUGAUUUCAAAAAUAUGGGGAGGCAGGAUCUUGAUAUUCGUUAUGACCUUCAUUUGAGCUUUGAAGAGUCUAUAUUUGGAGGGCAACGAGACAUCGAAGUACCUUCUCUCGAUGAAUGUGAUAGUUGUGACGGGACUGGUGCUAAAUCUAGCAGUUGUGUUAAAGUCUGUUCUGACUGUGGCGGAAGAGGAGGAGUGGUGAAAACACAGAAAACACCUUUUGGAAUUAUGUCGCAGGUAUCUACAUGCUUUAAAUGCGGAGGUAAUGGAAGGAUAGUAACUGAUCAUUGUCGAAAAUGUGGUGGCCGUGGUCAAAUACAGUCAAAACGAAGUAUCAAAGUGGUUGUUCCACCUGGAGUUCAUGAUGGAGCCACUAUGCAAGUUCGAGGAGAGGGUAACAUUGACAAGAAAAGUAGUAUAUCUGGUGACCUCUAUUUGGUCAUCCAUGUUGAAGAAAAACGUGAAAUUUGGAGGGAUGGUCUCAACCUGUACUCAAAAUUAGACGUUGAUUUUACUGAGGCCAUUCUGGGGACAGUUAAGAAGGUGACAACUGUAGAUGGUUUAAAAGAUCUUCAGAUUCCUCCUGGAUGUCAACCUGGAGAAAAGAUUAAAAUGUCAAAAAUGGGAGUGCCAGACAUGAAUAGAUCUUCAGUGAGAGGAGAUCAUAUUUUUCUGAUAAAUGUUCAGAUCCCGAAGAAUCUCAGUGAUGCAGAGCGCCCCUUAGUUGAGAAGUUGGCUUCACUUAGAGCAACAUCCAAACAGUAUUCAGUCUCAUCUGGUGGUGAAAGUAGAGGUGUCGCACGUUUGUGGAAACCGAUCAAAGACUUUCUGAGGAUUGGGCGAUCUGGUAGAAGAUUUGCAUCAAUUGGCACGGAGACGACAUCUUUAUGGAGUUUGAACAGACCGUUGCCCAGUUUUCCUCUAAUGACAUCACUAUUUGCUGUUUUAUUUGGAACGUGUAUUUUUGCUGUUGUUAAAGUUUUUUAUUGUAAAAUUUUGCAGCCGAAACUACUAGUAAAACCAAAACUUCUUCUUCACAGGGAAAUUAAAGAGCAAUAGUUGUGAUAUUGUGCUGCUGCAAUAUAUGAAUUUGACAUGA